GGAAGGAUCAUGUUCAUGUCAUGAAACACAUUACCUGAAGGACAAAAAAUGUUUCACAAGAAAACAGUCAAGCAAAAUGUGUAAUAAUACAGAAGAAUGUCUGUCUACACUAGUAUGCCAUCGUCACACAUGCCAGUGUAUGUCUUCGGAUUAUUGGAAUGGCACGACAUGUAGACUGAGGAGAGAAAUAAACUUUCCAUGUAAAAACCGUCUUCAGUGUAAGGAAACACUAGAUUGCAGAGAAAAUACCUGUCAGUGUCAUGACACAGACUACUGGGACGGCGUCUACUGUGUAAAUAGGAAAACAGCAGGAAUGCCAUGCAGUUCCCAGAAUGAGUGCCAAGACGACUUUCGUUGCCUAAAUGAGUCUUGCAGUUGUCAGAUGUUAGAAUAUCUGAACGGAGAUAAAUGUUUUCGACGAAAAGAUUACAAAUCUCCAUGUAAUGCUACAGUUCAAUGUAAAGACACGUUAACAUGUUUUGACGAGAAAUGCCAAUGUGAGAAGUCAAACUAUUGGAAAGGGAAUGUUUGUCUACAAAAGAAAAGUAAAGAUGCCGCAUGCAUUUUAUCCACAGAUUGCAAAGACAACUUAAAAUGUUCAAAUGGUAUUUGUGUAUGCAAUCUAGAUAAGGCAUACUGGGAUGGAAUCGCUUGCAUAAAACGGCCAUCUGAAUGUGAAGAUCUAAAUCUUAUAGUUGAUGGUGUUUAUCCUGUGUAUCCCGGAGGAAACACAAGAAGAACUUACGUAUAUUGUAUCAUGCGCGAUAACAAGAAAUGGACUGUUAUACAGAGACGAUACGAUGGCACCGUAAACUUCUACAGAGCGUUGUCGGAAUACACACAAGGCUUUGUGAGAGUAGAUAAAGAACAUUGGUUAGGGAAUAUGAAGAUUCAUCGUAUAACGCAAGAUGGGACACAUGAACUUAGUGUUUAUCUAGAAGAUUGGAAUGGAAAUCAACGACAAGCAAACUAUUCACAAUUUUCGGUUGGCUCUGGAAACUUAUAUAACCUUAGAGUUUCGGGAUACUCCGGUAACGCAGGAGACUCUUUAAGUUAUCAUAAUGGUCAAUCUUUUUAUACUAAAAACAGAGACAACAACAGUUGUGCUAAAAGUUAAAGAGGGGCGUGGUGGUAUCGUAACUGUUAUCAUUCCGACCUUAAUGGGAAAUACAACGGGACAAGAGAAACGGGGAUUGUUUGGAGUGACUUUGGAGGCGGUUCGUUAAAAGCAUCAAUAAUGAUGAUAAGAAGACGUUAGUUGGAUUUUAGUAUAUUGAAAC